AUGGUUUGUUCCAUGAUGAGUCAUGGGUCAUACCUUGGCGCUCAGCGUAAUUUCCAGCAGAAGAAACAUCCCGAGAGCGAAAUCUGCGAUUUCAUCAAAAGCCAGGAUGGAGAGAAGGCUGGUUUGGGGGAUGGAUACCGAGCCUAUGCUUAUACGUCUGAUGAAGAAUGGGCCGCCGCGAUCAGCAAGCUUAAACGUUACAUGUACUGGGAAAUUAACAAGGGCCCGUCUAAUUUCCCGAACGAGCCAAAUCUUGAUCGACUGAUUCGUGAGGGAUAUCGGAAUGUGGUAAUCGAUGACUCGAAAUUAGCAGAGGCAUCUGUCGCCGCUGUUCGUAAACGAUACCACAGAUGGUGCCACCAUAAUAAUAUGCCGACUUAUGCUAGUCACGGUGUUGUUUGUUUUGACUUUUAUAUAGCACUGGACGACCGCACAGUCCAGUCAGUUUUGAUCAGUGCUGAACCAGAAGAGGCCGGAAAGGUUGGUUAUGUUAAUAUGAUUAACAGUACCUUUGACCCGGACGACGAAGAGAGCGAUACAGGUCAAUAUUAUGACGGUUGCUUUCGGGUUUAUAUUGAUAAGCUUUUCUGCUUUGCUCUGUAUUGUGAAAAUAAUACAACGGGAGAAUUAGGAUGGGGUGAAUUUGGCUUGAAUCUACCGGAUAAGGUCGUUGUUACGGAUGGCUACUCGACCCAAGUACAAGACAAGGAUAUAUUUCAGAUCUCGCCAUGGUCAAUUGUUAGAGAUGACCUGACUGCUACGACAAUCUCAUGCCAUGACAUACCACGCGACCUACUGGGAUCUAAUUGA